AUGUUUCAUCCCGGGUACUGGGAAGAUGAUCCCAUGGAGGGAGUGCUAAGCUCAACUUCCCUCUUCCGCCAUAGGGGCACUGCUCGUCGCUUCGACGAAUACUAUCGAUGCUACCCCGUUGCUAUGAUGCCCGGUCCUGAUCGAGAGAAUGUGAAUCAUGGCGGCAAGGUUAUCAUGCCUCCCAGCGCUCUGGACAAGUUGACUCGAUUGCACAUUACGUAUCCUAUGCUCUUCGAGCUUCACAAUGGUGCGAGGCAAAGGAUGACCCAUGCUGGCGUGCUGGAGUUUAUUGCUGAGGAAGGGAAGAUAUAUUUGCCUUUCUGGCUUAUGCAAACACUACUACUUGAACCCGGUGAUCUUGUUCAGAUCAAAUCGACCGAUCUUCCCCCCGGUCAGUUCAUUAAGAUUCAACCUCAGUCGACAUCUUUCCUCGACAUCAGUGACCCCAAAGCUGUGCUGGAAAAUGUCUUCCGCAAUUUCUCCUGUCUUACCAAGGGCGACGUUUUCACCUUCGCAUACAACGAUCAGGUAUACGAGAUGGCCGUGCUGGAAACAAAGCCUGCUAAUGACAAGAACGCCAUUUCCGUUCUUGAAACAGAUUUGGAGGUUGACUUCGCACCACCUGUGGGAUAUGAAGAGUCACUGCGAUCAAGCGGUGCUACGACGCCCCUUAGUGCGGCUGGUGCAAAGGUUCCUGCUGGGGGUCUGCUCCAUCCUCAUGGCACGAUGGCCCAGGCGAUCAAUUACGCGGCCAUUGCACCGGAAUCAACAGACGCAACUAAAGGUGCCAAGGCAGUAUCAUCUAAUUUCCUCUCUGGGGGUCGCCGCUUGAAUGCAAAGAAAGACAGUAAAGCUCCCACCCCGCAGCCUUCGACGCCCGUUCCAGGCGCGACCACCAAUCCACUGCAUCCUCCUCCAUCUCGGAAAACGAAUGGGCCUCAGCCUCUACGCCUGCCACCCAAUCAGCUAUUUUUUGGUUACGCGAUCAAGCCUGUGAAGAAACGAGAUGAGAGUGGAAGGGUAAUUGAGGAGGACGAAAAGCCUCGAUUUCAGGGAGCUGGUCAGACCCUACGAGGAAAGAAGAAAGACCUAGGAGGCUCUGUCUCACGCUGA